AUGGGCCGGUCUCAGUCUUCUAUGCAUCAGAAAAUCCACCUCUUCUGGGCUUCAAAGAUCCCAGGUCUGGCGGCCACAAGCCCUGCCCCGUCUGACUCACAGGAGAAGAAGCCGCUGAAGCCCUGCUGCGCCUGCCCGGAGACCAAGAAGGCGCGCGAUGCUUGCGUCAUUGAGAAAGGAGAAGAGCACUGUGGACACCUGAUCGAGGCCCACAAGGAGUGCAUGAGAGCCCUGGGAUUUAAGAUAUGAAACGGUGGUUUACUCUGUGGAUGAAUAAUUCCUGAAGAAUGAAGAAGAUUCAGUAGUUUUGGGAAUUCUUUGAGGAACUUUGAUAAAUGGAAAAAGUACUUAUAAUUUAUUAAAGAAAGGAAAAUAUCUCUGGCCAAAAAAAAAAAAAAAAAAAAAA